AUGAGCGUGGUUGGAUUUGAUUUUGGCAAUGAGAGCUGCAUUGUGGCCGUGGCCAGGCAGAGGGGUAUUGACGUUGUGCUUAAUGAUGAAUCCAAACGCGAAACUCCAGCCCUUGUUUGUUUUGGUGACAAGCAGCGGUUCAUUGGGACAGCAGGAGCUGCUUCAUCCUUGAUGAACCCUAAGAACACAAUUUCCCAGAUUAAACGUUUAAUUGGUCGGCAAUUCUCCGAUCCUGUUGUGCAGAGGGAUAUCAAGUCAUUGCCUUUUGCUGUUACUGAAGGCCCUGAUGGAUACCCGUUGAUUCAUGCCCGAUAUUUGGGAGAAUCGAGGACAUUUACACCUACCCAAGUUCUUGGAAUGCUAUUCUCUGAUCUGAAAAUCAUAGCUGAGAAGAAUCUUAAUGCAGCUGUUGUUGAUUGCUGUAUUGGGAUUCCAGUUUAUUUCACUGAUCUCCAAAGAAGAGCUGUUAUGGAUGCAGCAACAAUUGCUGGCUUGCACCCUCUUCGCUUGUUCCACGAAACUACAGCGACUGCUUUGGCUUAUGGUAUUUACAAGACGGAUUUACCAGAAAAUGACCAAUUGAAUGUUGCCUUCGUUGAUAUUGGACAUGCUAGCAUGCAAGUCUGCAUUGCUGGUUUUAAGAAGGGGCAGUUGAAAAUACUGGCUCAUUCCUUUGACCAGUCUUUGGGCGGCAGGGAUUUCGAUGAAGUACUGUUCCACCACUUUGCGGCAAAAUUCAAGGAAGAGUACAAGAUCGAUGUCUUUCAGAAUGCAAGGGCCUGCCUUCGUCUUCGGGUUGCUUGUGAGAAGCUGAAGAAGAUGCUUAGUGCAAAUCCUGAGGCACCUUUGAAUAUAGAGUGUUUAAUGGAAGAGAAAGAUGUCAGGGGAUUUAUUAAGCGUGAUGAGUUUGAACAAAUUAGUGUUCCUAUUUUGGAACGUGUGAAGGGGCCUUUGGAGAAGGCUCUUCUUGAUGCACAGCUUUCAAUAGAGAAUAUUCAUACAGUUGAGGUUGUUGGUUCAGGCUCUCGUGUUCCUGCUAUAAUCAAGAUAUUGACAGAUUUCUUCAAAAAGGAGCCUAGGCGAACUAUGAAUGCAAGUGAGUGUGUUGCCAGGGGUUGUGCUCUGCAAUGCGCAAUUCUUAGUCCGACAUUCAAAGUCAGAGAGUUUCAGGUGAACGAGAGCUUCCCAUUUACAAUUGCUUUGUCAUGGAAAGGUUCUGGUCCAGACACCCAGAAUGGAGCAGCUGAUAAUAACCAAAGUACUAUUGUUUUCCCCAAGGGAAAUCCUAUUCCAAGUAUCAAGGCUCUUACAUUUUACAGAUCGGGCACGUUUUCAGUUGAUGUACAGUAUGCCGAUGUUUCUGAUUUGCAAGCACCUGCAAAAAUCAGCACAUACACGAUUGGUCCUUUCCAGUCUACUAAAGGUGAGCGGGCAAAACUGAAGGUCAAAGCUCGCCUGAAUCUGCAUGGGAUUGUAUCUGUAGACUCAGCAACUCUCUUGGAAGAAGAAGAAAUUGAGGUUCCUGUCACAAAAGAGCAACCUAAGGAGGGCGCUAAGAUGGAGACUGAUGAGGCCCCUAGUGAUGCGGCUCCCCCAAGUACCAAUGAGACUGAUGUGAACAUGCAAGAUGCUAAGGGCACUGCUGAUGCCUCGGGUGCUGAAAAUGGUGUUCCUGAGUCAGGAGACAAGCCUGUGCAGAUGGAAACAGAUGCGAAGGCUGAUGCUCCUAAGAGAAAGGUAAAGAAAACAAACAUUCCUGUUGUAGAGUUAGUUUAUGGAGGGAUGCCUCCAUCAGAUGUGCAAAAGGCAAUAGAGAAGGAGUUUGAGAUGGCCUUGCAAGACCGUGUUAUGGAAGAAACAAAAGACAAGAAAAAUGCUGUUGAGGCAUAUGUCUAUGACACGAGAAACAAGCUCAAUGACAAAUAUCAGGAAUUUGUCACCGAACCAGAGAGGGAAGCGUUUAUUGCUAGACUUCAGGAGGUGGAGGACUGGCUCUAUGAAGAUGGUGAAGAUGAAACCAAAGGAGUUUACAUUGCCAAGCUUGAGGAGCUAAAGAAGCAAGGUGACCCAAUUGAAGAGCGAUACAGGGAGCACACAGAGAGGGGUACUGUGAUCGAUCAACUUGGUUACUGUAUUAAUAGUUACAGAGAAGCUGCAAUGUCGACUGAUGCAAAAUUUGAACACAUUGAUAUUUCUGAUAAACAGAAGGUCUUAAAUGAGUGUGUUGAAGCUGAGGCCUGGUUAAGAGAGAAAAAACAGCAACAGGAUUCGCUCCCAAAAUAUGCCAACCCAGUACUCUUGUCAGCUGAUGUGAGACGGAAGGCUGAAGCACUUGACAGGUUCUGUAGACCCAUAAUGACGAAACCAAAACCAGCACCAGCCAAGCCAGCAGCUCCUGAAACUCCAACCCCACCUCCUCAGGGAAAUGAGCACCAGCCUCAGGGCGGGGAUGCAAAUGCCAAUGCCGGCAGUAAUGAGAACCCUGCCGACAGCAGCAAUGAGGUUCCACAAGCUUCUGAAGAACCAAUGGAAACAGACAAGCCAGAAGCACCCCAAAGUUCUGCGUAA